AUGGUGCAAAUCACUAACUGGACAUCUGCAAAGGCUCAGCGAAUUGAGACGAAUCGUUGUUCCACCCAAGAUGACCAGCGUCGACUCGCCUACAAGGCGUCCACUGCAUCUGAAGAGGCGCUUAAACAGAAACAUGAACGGGAAGUGGUGAUUGAGAAAAGGCACCAUGCUGAAGUUGGCGUUGCUGCGAGCGAUUAUGCAAAUUUGGCGAACGAAAGAAUUUCACCCAGUGCGUCAGCAUUUACUACUACUGUUCGUGCCACUAGACAAUCGAUGAAUUCACAUAUUUGUCCUUUUUCAGGUGAAUACGGAACAUGGCCGAGCAGUAAGGCACAGGAGUUCAUUGUUGAAAAUCGCGAAGCGGUGAACACUGAAGAAUCGCUGCAGUUGGAACUAAGCGUGCUACCGACCAUUAACCACAACCCUGCCCUGAAACUUGAAGAUUACAAACUAAUGUUCGCGAAUAAUGUUAGGAUAGCGGGUAGCUCCACCAAAACAUUCCAAAUUACUUGA